AAGGAAGUGUGACGUAAUAUUUUGUUGUGGUGGUGGAAGAAGCCGAGCAUCGCAGUGACUCGAGCGACAGAAGAAAAUGGAGCAAAACGUUGAAGAUUACAAGCUGAUUUUUGAGAAGGAGGGCGUUUACCUCCACACAAAUGCCAAGAGGAGUAACCAGGAGACCACCAUCCCGGGGUUUAUCCGCAUCGUGGAGCGGGCUGGAGUGCCUGCUCUCGAGUGGAGCCCCCUGGAGUAUGAAGGUCGCAGAGCCCCUGCUGUUCUCUACUCCAAAAAGGAUGGAGAAGCAGGGGAGGAGGACACAAAGUUCGACCCUGGUUAUGAGCCAGACUGGGCGGUGAUCAGCACUGUGAAGAAAGAAAGGCAACACGUUCCAGUACAAGACUCAGGUCAGUGGUCGUUCUCUCUGCCGCUCUCGGAGCUGUACUCUCUUCGGAGGGCCCGCUUCUCUUUGGGUCGAAACUUCUUGGUGCUAACGAGUCGAGGAGGACACCCGCUGCCUCCCCUCCACUUCCACAGAGGAGGAACCAGGGAACUUCUGCGGGCCAUGCAUCGCUACAUUGUCCUGGAUCCGUCACCGGUUGACGGGCGGCUCUUCCUUGCUUACCCGCAUGACUCGGGUGCGCUCUCUCAGUCCUUUGACAAGCUGCACCUCUUUGACGACAGCACCGAUCUGGUCUCGAGAUUUAUCCAGGACCCGUAUGCCACCACAUUCGGCGGAUUCUCCAAAGUCACCAAUUUCUUCAGGGAGGCUCUUCGGCCUCCAGACUUCCCCGCCCACUCACGUUCCGCUCAGGAUCCUAAUCUGCCGCUCCAUUCUGACGAAGAGCCCGGAUUUGAACUCAUCACCUGUGGGGUGGAGCUUGGCCCCAGACCUAACGUAAACAGAGGGCGUCCUAUGGACAAGUGGGAGGAGUUUCUGGACCCCGAGGGCCGUGUGAUGAACCCAGAAAAAAUCAAAGAUCUCGUGUUCAGAGGGGGAAUCAUGCCGUCACUAAGAAGGGAGGUGUGGAAGUUCCUCCUGGGUUUUUAUCCCUGGAACAGCACAGCUAAGGAACGGGAGGACAUUCUGAGGGUCAAAACGGAUGAAUAUUUCCGGAUGAAGGUGCAGUGGAAGUCGGUCAGUGAAGAGCAGGAGAUGAGGAACUCCCUCCUCAGAGGCUACAGGAGCCUGAUAGAGAGAGACGUCAGCAGGACGGACAGACACAACACGUUCUUCUCCGGGAACGACAAUCCUGGACUGACGCUGCUGCACGAUGUCCUGAUGACGUACUGCAUGUACAACUUUGAUCUAGGUUACGUGCAGGGGAUGAGCGACCUGCUGUCUCCUCUCCUCUUCGUCACUCAGAACGAGGUGGAGUCUUUCUGGUGUCUGACGGGCUUCAUGGAGCUGGUGCACCAGAACUUUGAGGAGUCUCAGGAAGCCAUGAAGAAGCAGCUCCUUCAGCUCAGCAUCCUGCUCAAGGCUCUGGACCCCGAACUUUGUGACUUCCUGGAUUCUCAGGACAGCGGCUCGCUCUGCUUCUGUUUCCGCUGGCUGCUCAUCUGGUUCAAGAGAGAGUUUUCCUUCGAGGACAUCCUCACACUGUGGGAGGUCCAGUGGACUCGCCGUCCCUGUGACAACUUCCACCUGCUGAUCGCCUGUUCCAUCCUGGAGUCCCAGCGGGGGGAGCUGAUUGGCUCAGACCACGACUUCAACACUAUUCUGAAACACAUCAAUGAGCUGACAAUGAAGUUGGAUCUGCAGAGCGUUCUGUGCGGCGCAGAGGCGAUUUUUCUACAGCUGGUUCAGUGCAAGGAGCUCCCCCUAAAGGUGCAGCAGGUGCUCGGCCUCUACGUUCCCUUCAGCUCUGAGGACAGCAGUCCUGACCCCGCCCAGUCCAGCGAGACGACACAGCUCCUCAGCCAAUCACACGCCGGCGCUGCCUCCUCUUCUUCUAAUGCAGCAGCACGAGUUCCCACUUAUCCUUAAAUCAUGUGUGUAUGUGCGUGUGUGUGCGUGUGUGUGAGCUGAUGUAUGGAAGAUAUUUAUAUAUAAAUAUUAAAAAAAAGAAUACAUAUAUUCAUAUAUACUGUAUAUGAUCAAAUGAAGGACUAGACGGAAAGUGUAGACCGGGGUUUACUGUUUGUCAGGGACAGGGGCCACUGUUGAGGCUGUUUUCUUUUGAUUGAUUGUGAAUGUUUUGACUCUGUCGUCGUCUUUUUUGUUUCUUCUUCCUCCAUCUUAUAUUUUCAUGCGUUAUUUAACGAUUUAACACUUUCAAGUUUUGUUUGGAUGUCCCCUUGUCCCCCUAUGUCCUCCGUCCCCCCAGGGUCCAGGACCAUGGAUCACAUAAAUUGAAACUGGAACUUUCACCGACGUCGCCUGCUACCUGUCAAUCACCCUACUGUCCACUGAGGGGGUGAAAUAAAAUAUAAUGAUACUGAUAUGCAAAUAUUCUGGAGGGUAGUUGUCUUUGGGUGGUUUCUGCCUUGUAGUUCAGCCUCCGACCACUAGUUGGGAACAGGCUUUCUCUCGUCCUCCCACUCAUCCCACAGGAUGAAGAAAACUGACUGAAAACUGUUGAAAAUAUACAAUUUUGGUUGGGGGGAAUUGAAAUUUAUCACCUUAUUGUCAAAAUAUCUGAAUAUUUUUAGUGAAAUAUCUUAUCAUUAUGCCUGUAUUACGAUGUAUAUCUCAGUCUCCGUUAGUCAGUCCUCUAACGUCUACGUAAAUGUGCCAUACUUCAUCAUCUAUUUUCCCUCUAAAUGCGAAUAUAAUUUUGACUAGAAGAUCGCGAUUUUGACUAUUAUCUAACUAAAAUCAAGUGAGAAGUUUUUUUUCCCAUAGCAUUAUUUUUGUGACCAGCAGAGCAGAGUUGCUGCCCUCUAGUGGUUAACUGCUUCUUCCUAGUUUUCACUUUUCAAAUUGUUUUUUCACCGGGUUUAUCGUCAUAACCCACAGAUUUGUCGCUUAUUUCGCGAUCAUUUGUCACUUUCAAAAAGUUGGUUUCUGUUUAGCGUAGCCGAUAUUACGACGGGCAUCUUUGUGUUUUUCUCCUCCUUUUUUGUAAAGUUUUACCAUUUAAUAACAAAUAAUACACACAUUUUGAUUUCUGUUGUUAUUUUUGUGCUUUGUUUUUUUGUUCUUUGCAAACAGAAACGAUGUAGCGUUAUUUGUUUGCUGCCUAAAAAACACAGGUUUUGUUGUCACUGGGCGACACCAGAUCUGAACACUAAAUACAUUCAUUUGACAAAGUUUAGAACGAAAAACUCACACACUGCAGCUUUAAAUAAACUCUCCACCAUCUAUAUUUUGUCUCUUUUGUCACCUAAACGUUCUGAGAACAUAAAUAAUGUGUAAUAUUUGCCUGAUUAUGACCGAAAAGUAUAAAUAUUGACGUGAUUCAUUUUCCCCUGUCCCCUGUCCCUUGUCCCCUCGUCCCACUGGUCCUGAAAAAGGGAAGAAAAUGAAGUUUUGAAGAAUUUCUUUUGUUUUUAAAAGUCAUUCCUAUGCAAAUGUUACCGCAUGCCUUUGUUUGAGAUUAUAUUUUAAAUCUCAAACCUUGUUAUUAUCUGUUUUCAUCACUGAUUGUUGUCAAAUAAAUGGUCGUCUCUCA